UCCUGACGGCUUUCUCAGGUCGUUAAAGCCCAGGUCCCAAGUUGCAAGCCGUAGACUACUUUCUUCUCACGCUUCACUCUCCGCACAGCCGCCGUCUUAGUCGCCGGCUCGCGUGCUCGCUUCUUCCUGUUCUGUUCUGUUUCGUAUUUUACACUUCUCUCCGAGCGCGUGCAAUCUUGUUGUUGUGGAGGCACUGGCCAUGGCGUCGCCCUCUCUUCACCUCUCAUCCACACCUAACCUUAGACGGAUGUUAAGUGCAGCGCUAGAGACGCUGGGGACCGUUCCUGCAUCUCAGAUCGCCGAUCGGACGGUUGCCGGUGAUUUCGAUGGAUCCGCACCGUCAGAAAUGUCAGUGAUGUUAAAACAGUACGCGUUCUCUAAAGAUGACGAUGCGAUUCCGUACGCCGUUGUUCGCGCCGCGUGGGCCGCUUUACGCCAACACCGAUCAGAUACCGGCCUUAGCGAAGGGACUGGUAACCGAACGACUGGUCAAAUUUCGCCGAGUUACAACUGCGAGACGAGCGAAACGAACGAAUUAGGAGCUUCGGGCGUUACUCGUCAAGGCGAUCGGACUCUGAACACCAGUGACGCAUUUACAAAGGAUACCAGGAAUGAUACCAGGAAUGAUACCAGGAAUGAUACCAGGAAUGAUACCAGGAAUGAUACCAGGAAUGAUACCAGGAAUGACAACAGCAAUGAUACGAAUACCAUCUCUUCUUCUUCUGCUACUGUCACGGCUAGCAGCGACACCGCCGACAGCGGCAAGAGCCCUGGUUGGCUUCUGCACGAGGUGCUGCAAGGCUGCCACGUGUUGCUGCCUGCUCCACCCGAGCCUCCGAAGAAGAGCGCAGAGUUGCAAGCUCGUCUGGAUGUUUUGAAGGAAGCGGAGGAGCAGCGGAGGUACAGAGAUCUCGUCAGAGACGUGCUGCCAGGAGGAGGGAAGGGGCGAAGAGCGGCUGGAUGUGGAGGUGCUGAUGAUGAUGAUGAUUUUGGAGGGCAGGGGGGGAGCUCGUACCUUUCAUCGUACCGGGAGCAGCUAGGGUUUGGUAUGCAUGUGGUGGGUGUCAUGUUCACCUGCUACCUUGUUGGCCACUUUGCAGCUUCUGCUCUGAUCAAAGACCAACCUGCUCUGCAUCCAAUGGGAGGUGCGGUGGGUUUGAUAUUCGGCAUGAUGCUGGAGACGACACUCUUCAUCAUCCGGACAACUCAGCUCGAGGAGAAGCAGGCAAAGCAACGCAGCAAAAAGGCCGCUAGGAAGCAGGGAGGCCCGCCAUUGUCUGCUGCGCGGGAUGCAAGCAAAGGCAAUUCUGAGGUUACGGGUAGUGUGCCUAAGGAUUCGGAGGAGUUGGAUGCGGUGCGGCAGGAGUUGAUUGAACUGGCAGGGAGACGGAAGGAAGGAGCUGAUUCCUCGGCCACUUCAGGAGGGUCUGUAAUGAGGAGGCGAAGUGUGAGGCAAUAUGGGGGUGACUGAUUCUGCAGCUUGUGUAAACUAAACACUCUUGUCAAUAGUUGCAGCUGUUUCACAUCAACCAG